GCCUGUGUGUUUUUAUUGUUUCUUCUGCCUUAUAGGAUCCCAUUAAUCUCUCAAGGUUCAUAAAAAGCCUCUUUCAACUUUCCCAAGUCUGUCGACUUGUCUUUACUAUCACGGCACUUGGCGCAUGCCUUUAUGCUGUAUUCAUAUUGCCUUAUGGAUAGUAAUUUGUUUUUGUUUUGGUAGCUGCCUUUCGGGUGGGCUAAUUCAUUUUUGUACUGUCAGUGUCUAAAAUAGCAUUUAGCCCCAAGAAUACCACAAGAGAAAUCCCUCAUGGAGUUACAAUGAAUCUGGGACACAGUGGAUACUUAGAAGUGACUGUGGAAUGAAUUGACUGUAUAAAAAGUCUUUUAAAUAUACAAAAUAUAUUCCAGACAGUAAAUAGUAUUGUUUUUCUUUUUUAUUUCCUGUGAGAAACAGUGUGAGAAGCCUCACCCGUCCUUGCUCUUGGAAAUGAGUGCUGUCUCCAAGGGAAUAGGUGGUAUUUCAGGGUGUCUGAGGACCCAGGGGAGAAUGACACAGCUGACUUGGGCCUUUUGGGUUCGCAGAGAAGCAUGGUGUGGCGGCUGGGAGGGGCCUGGCUCUUGGUGGAGAGUACAUACCCGGGAGGAGCUAGAGCUGUAAUAUGCUUUCUUUCUGUGUUUGUUUCUUACAGCUAAUGGCAGCAAAACAUUUUUUUGAGACAGAGUAUCAACUUGGUCACCCUCUGAAUGCUGUGGUGUCAUAGCUUACAGCAGCCUCAAACUCUUAGGCUCCAGCAAUUCUCUUGCCUUAGCCUCCUGAGUAGCUGGGUUUCUAGGCGCCUGCCACGAUGCCCGGCUAUUAGAGACGGGGUCUGGCUCUGGCUCUGGCUCUGGCUCGGGCUCAUCUUGAACUCCUGGAGCUCAAGCAGUCUACCCACUUUGGCCUCCCAGAGUGCCAGGAUUGCAGGCGUGAGCCACUGUGCCUGGCGGGGGGCAAAAUAUUUUACAGUUUUUCCAUUUUUAGUCUACAUAACUUAGUGAUGUUUUUCUAAUGUUUUCUAUUGUUAUUAAAUUUCUUUUGUUCUGAUAUUUCACACUGAUUAAGAAAAAGGGAUAAAGGGCAGCACCUCUGGUUCAGUGGGUAGGGCGCCGGCCCCAUAUACCGAGGGUGGCAGGUUCAAACCCAGCCCCGGCCAAACUGCAACAAAAAAAUAGCCAGGCAUUUGUGGCAGGCACCCAGAGUCCCAGCUACUCGGGAGGCUGAGGCAAGAGAAUCACCUAAGCCCAGGAGUUGGAGGUUGCUGUGAGCUCUGUGACGCCACGGCACUCUACUGAGGGUGAUAGAGUGAGACUGUACAAAAAAAAAAAGGGAUAAAGAAAUUAAACUUGAGGUUUUUUAGAACAUGUUUUAAAUCCUUCCAGCCAUAGAGGAAAGGAUGUUACAGUAGGAAGUUCACUGGACUUGGGGAAUCAGAAGACCUAAGUUCUGGUGUCAGCACUGUCACCUGUGAGCUGUGAUAUAACUGCAGGCGAGUCUUCUCUGAGCCCAGUUUGAUGGUGGCAGGAUUGCUGUGAAGAUCACACAAGAAUAUGAGAAGGAACUGCAGAAGCUGUGGGACACUUAGGAGCUAUCAGCAUAGAGCUUCAAAGCGAGGGAGAUGGCCUGACCUUCAGGAGGGCUGCUGCAGGUGCCUGCUUAGCAGUUACUCAGGAAGCAGGAUUGCUGGGCGUAAGCCCCUUGUCCCCCUUCACAGUACAAGUAGUUGAUAGGGCUUUUAGUCCAGGACAGAAGAUGUGUUACUCAUACAAGUAAUUGUUAUUUAUGUGAUGUUAUAAAAUAAGAUAAAAUGGACGGGUGCAGUGGCUCACACCUGUAAUUCUAGCACUUGGGAGGUCAAGGAGGAUGGAUCACCUGAGCUCACAGGUUCAAGACCAGCUUGAGCCCAGAGCAAGACCUUGUCUUGAAAAAUAGCUGGGUGUUGUGGUGGGCACCUGUAGUCCCAGCUCCUUGGGAGGCUGAGGCAAGAAGAUCACUUGAGCCCAAGAGUUUGAGGUUGCUGUGAGCUGUGAUGCCACAGCACUCUACCAAGGGUGACAAAAUGAGACUCUCUCCAAAAAGUAUAUUGAACAAUUUGUAUGAGACGCACAUUAAAUACAUACUCCUACAAGGAAUUAUUGCAAGUAUCUCUCUGUACAGGGUGGUUUGACUACUGGGAGGUGCUUCCUGGCUUGAGAGGGUCCUUUCUGCAGCUCUGGGGACACAGUUAACUAGAGGGUGGGCUGUCGGGGUCACAGGCUGCGGUCAGGCUGAUGGAGCAGCUGGAGCUUUGUAAUGUGGGCACCACUGCCAUGCAUUCUGUCCCCUCCACAGGAGACACCAGACGCCAAGAGUCCACUGCUAAUCUUGCAGAGCCCACCCCCAGAGAAGGCAGAGGCCUGUGGGGAAACUGACCAGGGCGUCUGGGGAGGUUGGGUGGCUGCAAAUUAUACACCAGCAGAGCUGCGUGCCGUGGGCCUUCAUCCAGCAGGAGCCGUGUUAAUGAGCGUGCUCUAGUCAGGUUGUUUUUCAGUAAAGAAGAUUAAAAAAGUGAAGCCAGGGAAAUGAACGCCUAAUGGAAGGGUCACAACCACGUACUUCUUCAAGUGACUGAACCCCUGUUAUUCGUGAAGUGUCAUGCUGAGUGCUCCUGUCUGUUAGUGUCCAAUAGUGGAGUUUUAAUGAGGGCUGUAGUCCAGGGGCUGGUCUGAUCUCCACCAGGGGACCUGGCGAGGGAGUGGAGUGGGCCAGAGCGAGCAGGGUCAGGGGACUUGGGGAUUGGUGCAGGGCCACGCUCCAGGCACUGACUACCUUGGAGUCAGCGACGCCUGGGAACCUGAGGUACCAGUUUGCUCAUCAGGGGGUGAGAGCUGAGGCUUAGCAGAGAGACGUGGGUCCUGGGAGGGGGCCCACUGGGGUGAGGGGCAGAGAGGAGUCACACCAAAAGACAAUUGUGACAUAAAAGGUGGUGUGUGAGUGGCCUCUCUUGAGCCCGGGCAGCAUUCUGUUUUGGCAAAUGGUUUUGUGCGUUCUUGGUCUGACCCCUGAGGGCUCUAGCGCAUUCCUCUUGGUCACUGUGGGAGAGUGUUUCAGAGAGGGGCACAGAGGCCCGAGUUGGUGGGGAGGGUCUGUUGGCACCUCUUUACGGUUUGGCAGCCCCAUUAGCGAUUCCAGUCUCUUUGCUCACACAGGAACCUGGUCUGGACGCAGCUGCCCUUCGUGAGUGUUCCUCACGCCACAGUCUUUACUUUGCUCCCUGAAGAGUCACACACAGCUUCUAACAAUAAGUGCCCUGUGCAGAGGGAGGAAUGCUGUCAGGAUUGGAUGCCUCCUUCUGUGACCUGACGCAUCGGUCAGUCAAGCAGCCUGUGGCCAGCCCAAGAUCCUGGAUAGCAUAACUUGAGGGCUCCAUGCUGAUCUUGCUCCUUGGUGAUUUUAUUCAUGAAGUCUCCUCCAGGCCAGUUUGGCGAUAGACGUCUACCUCCUGUUUAAUGAGACUGUUUAAGCGGAAGCAUCUUACAGCCAUCGACUGCCAGCAUCUGGCUCCGAGUCAUUUGUCUGUGGCCCAGCCUUUUGGUCAAAGAUGGAUAAGCAGAGACCCGAACCAUGGACUCUAUCCUAAACCCAGAACCAAGAGAGGGAGCAGGGCUCAAGGAUGGCAGAAACACAACCUUGAGCUCUUCCUAGCUGGCAAGCAGCUACGCACCAAUGACAUGGCCAAAAGCAGUUCUGUUGGUGAGGACGGCUGUCAGGACUCCGAGGGCAACAUGAUCUUUGCUGCAGAGAGCAAUUGUGCCUUGCCUCAGGAGCAUGAUGGAGAAGCCAGGUCGGGUGCGUCGCGGCCUCCCCUGCCCACCAAGCGGUCUUGGUCCCUUGAGGAAGAGAGUAAUCAGGCCUCGGGGACCAACCGGUGGGACGGAGUUUCUAAGAAAACCCCGCGGCAUCAUCUGUCUGUGCCUUGUCCGAGGCCGAGGGAAGCCCGGCGGGGAGCAGAGGACUGCUGCUCACGGCUCUCCACGGAGUCCGGAGAAACUGACCUUGACAUAGGGGACAUUGGUCCUGACCCCAUUCCUGACUCGUACUAUGGGCUUCUGGGGACCUCGCCCUGCCUGGAGGCUCCAAGCCACAUUUGCAGCCUACCCAGCGAAGUCCUGAGGCACGUCUUCGCCUUCCUGCCCGUGGAGGACCUCUACUGGAACCUGAGCUUGGUGUGCCGCCUCUGGAGGGAGAUCGUCCGUGACCCGCUGUUCAUUCCUUGGAAAAAGCUGUAUCAUCGAUACCUGAUGAAUGAAGAGCAAGCUGUCAGCAAAGUGGACGGCAUCCUGUUGAGCUACGGCAUAGAGAAGGAGUCGGACUCGUGUGUGCUGAACCUCAUACGAUACACAGCCACCACCAAGUGCUCUCCCAGUGUCGAUCCCGAGCGGGUGCUGUGGAGCCUGAGGGACCAUGCCCUGCUGCCUGAGGCGGAGGCCUGCGUGCGGCAGCAGCUGCCUGACCUCUAUGCUGCCGUGGGGGGUGUCAACGUCUGGGCCCUGGUGACGGCCGUGGUCCUCCUCUCCAGCAGCGUGAACGACAUCCAGCAACUGCUCUUCUGCCUCAGGAGACCCAGCUCCACGGUGACCAUGCCGGAUGUCACUGAGACGCUGUACUGCAUAGCUGUGCUGCUCUACGCCAUGCGGGAGAAGGGGAUUAACAUUAGCAAUAGGAUUCACUACAACAUUUUCUAUUGCCUAUACCUUCAGGAGAAUUCCUGUGCUCAGGCCACAGAGGUCAGAGAGGAGGCGGCAGUCUGGCCAGGCAAGAAAACCAUCCAGCUCACGCAUGAACAGCAGCUGAUUCUGAAUCACAAGAUGGAGCCUCUCCAGGUGGUGAAGAUCAUGGCUUUUGCAGGCACUGGAAAGACCUCGACCCUGGUCAAGUACGCGGAGAAGUGGUCUCAGAGCAGGUUUCUGUACGUAACCUUCAACAAGAGCAUUGCCAAGCAGGCCGAACGCGUCUUCCCCAGCAACGUCACCUGCAAGACCUUCCACUCCAUGGCCUAUGGGCACGUUGGGCGCAAGUACCAGUCGAAGAAGAAGCUGAACCUUUUCAAGCUGACACCCUUCAUGGUCAAUUCCGUCCUUGCUGCAGGGAAGGGGGGGUUCAUCCGGGCCAAGCUGGUGUGUAAGACUUUAGAGAACUUCUUUGCCUCCGCUGACGAAGAGCUCACCAUUGAUCACGUGCCUAUCUGGUGUAAGAACAGCCAAGGACAGAGAGUCAUGGUGGAACAGAGUGAAAAACUGAAUGGUGUCCUUGAAGCCAGCCGCCUCUGGGACAAUAUGCGGAAGCUGGGGGAGGGCACAGAAGAGGCUUACCAGAUGACGCACGAUGGCUACCUGAAACUCUGGCAGCUGAGCAAGCCUCUUUUGGCCUCUUACGAUGCCAUCUUCGUGGAUGAGGCCCAAGACUGCACCCCAGCGAUCAUGAACAUCGUUCUGUCUCAGCCAUGUGGGAAGAUCUUUGUGGGGGACCCACACCAGCAGAUCUACACCUUCCGGGGUGCUGUCAACGCUCUGUUCACAGUGCCCCACACCCACGUCUUCUAUCUCACACAGAGUUUUAGAUUUGGAGUGGAGAUCGCUUAUGUGGGAGCUACUAUCUUGGACGUUUGCAAGAGAGUGAGGAAAAAGACUCUAGUUGGAGGAAACCAUCAGAGUGGCAUCAGAGGUGACGCAAAGGGGCAGGUGGCCCUACUGUCGAGGACCAAUGCCAAUGUGUUCGAUGAGGCCGUACGAGUGACUGAAGGAGAAGUGCCCUCCAGAAUACAUCUGAUUGGGGGCAUUAAAUCUUUUGGAUUGGACAGAAUCAUUGAUAUUUGGAUCCUCCUUCAGCCAGAGGAAGAGCGGAAGAAACGAAACCUUGUCAUUAAGGACAAAUUCAUCAGAAGAUGGAUGCACAAAGAAGGCUUUAGUGGCUUCAAGAGGUACGUGACCGCUGCCGAGGACAAGGAGCUGGAAGCGAAGAUCGCAGUCGUUGAAAAGUAUAACAUCAGGAUCCCAGAGCUGGUGGAAAGGAUACAGAGGUGUCACAUUGAAGAUUGGGACUUUGCGGAGUACAUUCUGGGCACUGUGCACAAAGCCAAAGGCUUGGAGUUUGAUACUGUCCAUGUUCUGGAUGACUUCGUGAAAGUGCCUUGUGCCAGGCAUAACCUGCCCCAGCUUCCCCACUUCCGAGUCGAGUCAUUUUCUGAGGAUGAAUGGAAUCUUCUGUAUGUUGCCGUGACUCGUGCCAAGAAACACCUCGUCAUGACCAAGUCACUAGAGAACAUUCUGACUCUGGCUGGGGAAUACUUCUUACAAGCAGAGCUGACCAGCAACGUGUUGAAAACAGGAGUGGUCUGCUGCUGCGUGGGGCAGUGCAGCAACGCCAUCCCGGUGGACACGGCCCUCACCAUGAGGAAGCUGCCCAUCACCUACAGCAACAGGAAGGAGAACAGGGGCGGCUACCUGUGCCACUCGUGUGCGGAGCAGCGCAUUGGGCCCUUGGCGUUCCUGACCGCAUCCCCCGAGCAGGUGCGCGCCAUGGAGCGCACAGUGGAGAACAUUGUGCUUCCCAGGCACGAGGCCCUGCUCUUUCUCGUCUUCUGAGGCCGAGGCUUGGAGCUCGCCACUGCUCCGCGUUCUAAAGAGCCAGCAUGGGCUGCAGUGCCUGCCCCGGGACUUGGGGGCCACUCAUAGACCUUUGCUGAGGAAGAAGAAGCCAACCAGUGUCGGACCCGCCAUUUCUCUGUUCCCCGCAGAUAGCCAGUUCCUGCCGGCCUGUCCUCUGUAUACAUCAGGCUGGGCAAGUGGGAGAUGUUCUUUUGAUAAAAAAAAAAAAAAAAAUUUAUGUAUUUAAACUUUUAUUACAAGAUUUCAAUUAAACAGGUGUUGUAGCACUGGUGUGACUCUGCGUGGCAUCUGGCUUCCGCA